AUGGCAUCACACACAAAUAACAAUCCAUCCCACGAGAUAAUUAUCAUCAAGGCAACAGUAGACGCGGUCCCGGCAGUCCUCCAUCUUCUAGAUACCGCAGUCGAAUGGUUGGUAUCUCACGACAGAAAGGGGCAAUGGGGAGCAGCGCCGUUUUCUGAGAAUCCAAAACGCGCCGAACAAAUCAGAGACUUUGCAACAACCGGUCACGGUCUUUGGCUCGCUUUGAAGGUUGCUGAUGACUCGCCCAUACUGAGCCAAGAUCGAAUCUCUGAUAUUCACCCCGCAACUCUGGACGGAGAAGCUCCGGGCGUUAUCAUGGGAGCGCUGGCUCUUGGAGAGAGGAUGCCUUAUGUGCCACCUGUCUCUGAGCCUGAACUGUACGUGAAAUUAUUAGUCACGGAUCGACGAUGGGCAGGGAAUGGGAUUGGCAAACGCCUCUUGAAUCAUGCUCGUGAUAUUGCCGUUGAAGCUGGAGUUUCAUUACUACGCGUGGAUUGCUAUGCAGGUGGCGAUGGCAAAUUGGUUCAAUAUUAUGAGUCUCAGGGGUUUAAGCGGUCGGAAGCUUUGAACCUGGAAGGCGAUUGGCCUUGUCAAGUGCUUGCCCAACGCUUAGAUGAGGCGAAUGGCGAGGGGAGAGGGUGA